AUGGGGCCCCCGGGCAAUUGCGGAUCAUGGGGCCCCUGUGUCCUUGCCCAAACUCAAAAAAGCCUAUGAAAAAGGUACCAGGGCUAUCUCAUAGGGGCCCUCUACUGACUCUGGGCCCUCAGGCAGUGCCCGAGUUUCCAAAUGGUCAGUCUGCCGCUGUUUCCAUCCAUUGUUCAUACGACCCGUUUAGAUCCUUUUUUUCAUCUGAUCCGUUUUUUUUUCAUCUGGUUUUUCAUAUCCGUUUACAUCCGAGUACCAAGCAAGUCAAGUCUUACAAUUUUAUGUGUCUGUGAAGAGGUCACAAAACCUGUGGUAACCCAAAUAUUCUCCUCUACAGGUUAGCAGUUUAGAUUA